AGCCGCUGCCGCGCCAUGCUCCACCUUAGCGAGUUUUCCGGCCCCGACGCGCUCCUGGUCAAGUCCACCGAGGGCUGUUGCGCGGAACCCAGUACCGACGUGUCCCGGUUGCCCGGCAGAGCCGCGCCGGCGGCAGCCGGCUACCCCGGAGCAGGCGACUUCUUGAGCUGGGCUUUGAGCAGCUGCGGCGCCGGGGGGGACUUAGCCGAUUCCUGCUUCCUGGAGGGGCCUGCACCCACGCCCCCUCCUGGCCUCAGCUACAGCGGUAGCUUCUUCAUCCAAGCAGUACCCGAACACCCGCACGACCCGGAGGCACUCUUCAACCUCAUGUCGGGCAUCCUAGGUCUGGCACCUUUCCCCGGCCCUGAGGCGGCAGCAUCUCGGUCUCCGCUGGACGCCUCUUUUCCCGCAGGCCCCGACGCCUUGCUGCCGGGUCCAGCGGACCUUUACUCCCCGGAUCUGGGCGCUGCCACCUUCCCAGAGGCGUUCUGGGAGGUCUCUCCCUCAGCAGGCGCCCCCUCACAGUGCCUGUAUGAGCCUCAGCUCUCCCCACCCGACGUCAAGCCAGGCCUUCGGGCGCCUCCGGCCUCUCCAGCGCUGGACACUGCCUCGGCCUUCAAAGGCCCCUAUGCUCCCUGGGAGCUACUUUCAGCUGGAGCCCCAGGGAGCUGUGGGUCACAAGGAGGUUACCAGGCGGCCCCCGACGCCCGCUUCCCCUCGAUGGGGGCCAAGAUUGAAGACCUGCUAUCGAUCAGCUGCCCGGCGGAGCUGCCAGCCGGCCCCGCCAACAGACUCUACCCCACGGGGGCUUACGACGCUUUCCCGCUGGCCCCGGGUGACUUAGGGGAGGUGGCCGAAGGCCUCCCAGGUCUCCUGACCCCUCCUAGCGGGGAGGGAGGGAGUAGCGGUGACAGUGGAGAGUUUCUGACCGCUACUCAGCCUCAGGUUUCCCCCCUAGGCCUCCGCAGCGCCGUGGCGGACUUCCCGAAACCUCUGGUGGCAGACAUCCCUGGGAGCAGUGGGGUGCCUGAGCCUCCUGGGCCACCGCCGUCGGUCCCAUUCCCCCCUACCAAGGCGCGGCGUAAGGGGCGCAGGGGCGGCAAGUGCAGCGCGCGCUGCUUCUGCCCGCGGCCGCAUGCCAAGGCCUUUGCUUGCCCAGUGGAGAGCUGUGUGCGCAGCUUUGCGCGCUCCGACGAGCUCAACCGCCACCUGCGCAUUCACACGGGCCACAAGCCCUUCCAGUGCCGCAUCUGCCUACGCAACUUCAGCAGAAGCGACCACCUUACCACACACGUGCGCACUCACACGGGUGAGAAGCCUUUCGCCUGUGACGUGUGCGGCCGCCGCUUCGCGCGCAGUGAUGAGAAGAAACGGCACAGCAAGGUGCACCUCAAGCAGAAGGCGCGCGCCGAGGAACGGCUCAAGGGCCUUGGCUUUUACUCUUUGGGCCUCUCUUUCGCCGCCCUGUGAGGGAGAAAUGGGUUUGUAGAUUGGGGCGCCGCCUCCUGGCACGAAAGAGGCGACCUGGUCUGCCCCCCUCCCCUCUCCUCUUUCCGGCACGUCCCGGGGCCGGCCUCUGGUCCCCCUUCCAGUUCCCUUGAAGCGCCCGUCGUUCACGCCUCGUUCA